GUUAGAGGGCCAGUGAGCAACUCGCGCGAGACGCAAGAUAGUAUUCUCGCGAGAAGUCUAGGAGGCGGCAGUGAUGGCGGCGGCGGGAACCGUACCUGGCCCGGGAGUGAAUGCAGGACCCGGCCCGGCAGUGGCUGCAAAUGCAACACCGGUAGAAGAAGGGGAAACGAAACCGGUAGUAGCGGUAGCAGCCGCUCCGGCCGGGGAGGGGACGUCUGCUGCUCCAGCCGCGGAGCCUGGCUCUGGAGAGGCCGAAAGCGGGGAUGCAAACUCAGUUGAUGUAAGUGGUGGCUUGGAGACAGAAUCCUCUAAUGGAAAGGAUACACUAACACAGGAAGGUGCUGGGGAUACUUCAGAGGUGAUGGAUACUCAGGCGGGCUCCGUGGAUGAAGAGAAUGGUCGCCAGUUGGGAGAGGUGGAGCUGCAGUGUGGAAUAUGUACCAAAUGGUUCACAGCAGACACCUUUGGCAUAGAUACCUCAUCCUGUCUACCUUUCAUGACCAACUACAGUUUCCACUGCAAUGUAUGCCAUCAUAGUGGGAAUACCUACUUCCUCCGGAAGCAAGCAAACUUGAAAGAAAUGUGCCUUAGUGCUUUGGCCAACCUAACCUGGCAGUCCCGAACACAGGAUGAACAUCCGAAAACCAUGUUCUCCAAAGAUAAGGAUAUCAUACCAUUUAUUGAUAAAUAUUGGGAGUGCAUGACGACCAGACAGAGACCUGGGAAAAUGACCUGGCCAAAUAACAUUGUUAAAACGAUGAGUAAAGAAAGAGAUGUAUUCUUAGUAAAGGAACACCCCGAUCCUGGGAGUAAGGACCCAGAAGAAGAUUACCCCAAAUUUGGCCUUCUGGAUCAGGAUCUUAGUAACAUUGGUCCUGCUUAUGACAACCAAAAACAAAGCAGUGCUGUGUCUACCAGUGGGAAUCUAAAUGGUGGAGCCUCUUUUGGAGGGGGAAUUGCAGCGGGAAGCAGUGGAAAAGGAAGAGGAGCCAAGCGCAAACAGCAGGAUGGCGGGGCCACAGGGACCACCAAGAAGGCCCGGAGUGACCCUUUGUUUUCUGCUCAGCGCCUUCCCCCUCAUGGCUACCCCUUGGAACACCCAUUUAACAAAGAUGGCUAUCGGUAUAUUCUAGCUGAGCCCGAUCCCCACGCCCCUGACCCUGAGAAGCUUGAACUCGACUGCUGGGCAGGAAAACCGAUUCCUGGAGACCUCUACAGAGCCUGCUUGUAUGAACGGGUUUUGUUAGCCCUACAUGAUCGAGCUCCCCAGUUAAAGAUCUCCGAUGACCGGCUGACUGUGGUCGGAGAGAAGGGCUACUCUAUGGUUCGGGCUUCUCAUGGGGUUCGGAAAGGUGCCUGGUACUUUGAAAUCACGGUGGAUGAGAUGCCGCCAGACACCGCUGCCAGGCUGGGCUGGUCCCAGCCGUUAGGUAACCUUCAAGCUCCCUUAGGUUAUGAUAAAUUUAGCUAUUCUUGGCGGAGCAAAAAGGGGACCAAAUUCCACCAGUCCAUUGGCAAGCACUACUCUUCUGGCUAUGGACAGGGAGAUGUCCUGGGGUUUUAUAUCAGUCUUCCUGAAGACACAGAGACAGCCAAGUCACUGCCCGAUACCUAUAAAGAUAAGGCUUUGAUAAAGUUCAAGAGUUAUUUGUAUUUUGAAGAAAAAGACUUUGUGGAUAAAGCAGAGAAGAGCCUAAAGCAGACUCCCCAUAGCGAGAUAAUUUUUUAUAAAAAUGGUGUCAAUCAAGGUGUGGCUUACAAAGAUAUUUUUGAGGGGGUUUACUUUCCGGCCAUCUCGCUGUACAAAAGCUGCACGGUCUCCAUUAACUUUGGACCAUGCUUCAAGUAUCCUCCAAAGGACCUCAUGUACCGCCCUAUGAGUGACAUGGGCUGGGGCGCUGUGGUGGAACACACUCUGGCUGACGUCUUGUAUCACGUGGAAACAGAAGUGGAUGGGAGGCGGAGUCCCCCGUGGGAACCCUGACCAAGUCCCCUUUUCUUUGCAGACACGGACUUCCUGGGGAAUAAUAUGAGCGGGUUUUGUUUUUGUUUUUUAACUGUGGCAAAUGUUUUCCCGAAGAUACUGCAGAACACGGCCUCUGCUGUAGCAAAUUAGAGGCCGGGUGGGUCUGAGAGAGACUCCCUGCCCUUCAGCACUCCCCCUUCUAUCAUGGCUUUUACUUCGUGUGCCAUUCCCAACAGCUGCCGACCCUGGGAUCCCAUAAGCGCCCCGUGAACUGGGCCUGUGCCAUGUACCCCACCAGCUGAGACUUGCUGCUUACUGUGUUUUCUAAGGAGUGGGUAACCUUGCCCAAGUAGCUAACAUGUUUAAAGACAUGUCCUUCUGCGGGCAUUGCUUCCAUCCCGCCUGGUUCCCAAGGAAGUGGUGGGCCUGUUUCUGAGAACAGCUGAAAUCCAUGGCUGUACAUUCCAAACCAGUUUAACAGCUCUUUCCUUUCGCCGUGGGUGUGUUUUUGUUAUUAAUUUUGAGGUGUACCUUUGAACACUGGGAUCUCUGAAACUACUAGGUCUGUAGAACUAUACUUGUGAAGGGAACUUGCUUGCAGCUUUAACAAUUAGAAACUCUUCCCAAAUAAAACUUGUCUUCGAGUGUGUGUGGCACUUUGCUUCCCUUUCAGGUUGGGGUCCAUGUGGCGACAGUGUCGGAACAGUAAGGCACUCUGAGGAAGGGGAGCCAGCCUUGGAGGAGAGACAGGAAACCCAACAGAAUCAGGCUGAGGUCUAUUCAUUCGUGGUCUUAUGGAGCAGACUUGGUUAUAAAGCUUCUGGAUCAUCAGGGUUUGAAGAACUCUAAGUAAACGAGGAUGGUGUUAUCUAGAGGAAGCUGGAGAUGAAUUCUUUGUAGCAUGAAUUACCACACAUGACCUGCCAGGCCACAGAGAACCAGAGUCACUACUCAGCCAGGUGGGGGGCCGAGGCACACCGCAGCUCACAGCCCCCUCCCGACUGCUGUGGCCGUCCUUCCGCCUGGGCCUCCCCACCUUGAUCUCCUUGACAUUCGGGUUCCACUCGCCCAUGGCCUCCAUGUGCUCCACGAGCUCUUCGUAAAGCCUCUCCAUGGGCUGGUCCACUACCACCUCCAGCCGGAACACCUUGCCCACGUCUGGGAUCACUUUACUCAACACUUCGUCCCCAUUCGCCUAUCGGCAGGGAAGAGAGGAGCCCCAAGGGAAAGCCCUCCUGGUCACUGAGGAUGCCCAGGGCCCUCUGCAUGGCCUCCUCUCCCUGCUGGAUAUAGGCCAGUUCAUGGUCGCUGUAGAGCGUGUCUUCCAGCUGAGAACCUGGACACAAAGCCACGGAGAGGCUGAGCUUCCUAGCCUCCCACGAGCUUUCACCCCUUUCAUCUCUGAAGAGCCCAGACCAAAGCCAUAUGGUCCAGCCUGCAGGUUAAGUUAGACACGGGGGACAGGGAGGGGGUCUAGCCAUGAACAACGCCAUUCCCAUCAAAGUGAGUGAGGACGGCUGGGGGAUGCGGGGGGAGGGACCAGAGCCACAUGCACAUCCUUUGCCCCCCCCCCCACCCCCGGAGCUCCCCGCCGCUGGUAGAAGCCGAGAAGCCUCAGCACUUACCGAGCAGGGAGCCGCGACGCCGAACCUGGUUAAUCCAGGCAGCUGGGGUCGGGCCCCCCGGGGCCCUCCGGCUCAGCUCCUGGCCGAUGGCCAGCACAGCCUGGUGCCUCAGCCCUGCAGGGAAGGGAGGGAAACUGUCGCUUAGGAGCAGGGAAGGGAGGGAAACUGUCGCUUAGGAGCAGAAAAGCCCCUUAGAGAGCGUUCCACCCCUUCAUCUCAUCACAGAGGAGGAAGCUGGCCUGGGGCAGAAAGUGACUUGAUCAGGAAUACCUCCAGGGCCCAGAAACCAGCCUGCCUUCUGGGCUGGCCGGGCCUGGAGGCAGGGGCCACACUCAAGCUUGCUGGUUUCCUUCUUGAAAGGGAGAGAAGCUUUGAACAACCUAUCCUGCUACAGAAGGGGAAUUACAGCCACCCGUCCCCUGAGGUCUGUGUGGUUUCUGCGUGAGUAACUGCUCCGUGUGCCCGGGGGUUCCCGCUGAUCUAAAGAGAACAGCCCCAUGCCGAGUACAGGUCUUCCAAGUGCGGCUUCCAUCUAAACAGUGGCCACUUGAACCCAGUGUAAUUGGAAAGGACUUGCUUAGGUUUGUCUGUGGUCCCUUCAGCGACAGCAGGGGAUUGACUCCAGUGACCCUGGUUUCUGCCUCCUGACUGAUGACAACGAGACUCCCCACCUCACCCACCUUCCCUCUCUAUGUGCUCCUCGGCUGUCUUACUCCCCUUUCUUGUCCUUCUCCCCGUCUCCCGCCUGCCCUGCCUCAGGCUUGCCAACACAGCUGCCCAGAGUCACUGCGGCUCGGACUUCCCUGGCACCCUUGGUACCCAUCCCAGAGAAAGGCAGAGUCAGGAAGAAGCCAAGACAGCUCGGAGCCCUGGAGGGGAGGCUGGGGAUGACAGAGUCUGGAAGGCACCCAGGAACCUUCGCAUCCAGCUCCGUUCUUCAGCGCGGGGGACACUGAGGCUUUGAGAAGCUCUGCCCUGGGAGAGCACCCAGGGCUUCUGAUAGGGGACAGGCAGGCAGAGCUGACAGAGGCCACCCAGCCCCAGGGUGAGGGGCCUGAAGUCUGGGGAGGAACGGCGCUCCCACCCGGUUCUACAAGAAUCAAGUCAUCACCCCUGCGGUCGCUGACCUACAGUACACCCUGGAAGGAAUUCAGGAAGACAAUUAGGAUGAGGCACGCUGUGCUCUGGGGAAACAGGCAAAAAAAGCACUAAAAUCAUGAACGGAGAAACUCGUCGCUUGUGACCAGGAGCAACCUUCUACCAAAAUGUGUGCCUGAGUGCAGUCGACAGUUUUGCUGACCAUGAAGGAGCACAGAGCUAAUAACUUCUCUCCUCCGUCUGAACACUAUGAAGAUUCAGGACCUUGGUAGCAGCAAGGGCCUUUUAUUCCCAUCCACCUCCUCAGCGAGUGCAGACGAAUUUGGGUACCUGACGCCCAGUUGAAAGAUACUCGGGGAGUGCCCCCCGCCCAGUUCUGCCUCCAGAAAGACGCUGAACGGUCUGGACCGAGCGACUAGGUGUGAGGCUGGCCAAAUGUCUUUCCUCAAUUAGGCCAACUAAGGGGUGUCAGAAAGCCAACCUCUGACUAACACCCCAGCCAGAUUGAUGUAAAAUACAUACGGAACUUAUCUUACAAGUACUUACUUAAUUGGGAACUAACCACUGAACUGCGUAAGAAAUUAAAGAAUUCUAGUGGAAACCCUGAUGGCUUAAUAAAACUGUUAAAGGAUCAAGAUCAAGCAUUAGUUACAGGGCUUCCCUGGUGGCGCAGUGGUUAAGAAUCCACCUGCCAAUUCAGGGGACAUGGGUUCGAGCCCUGGUCCGGGAAGACCCCACAUGCCGCGGAGCAACUAAGCCCGUGUGCCAGAACUGCUGAGCCUGCGUGUCACAACUACUGAAGCCCGCAUGCCUAGAGCCCGUGCUCCGCAACAAGAGAAGCCACUGCAAUGAGAAGCCUGCACACCACAACGAAGGGUAGCCCCCGCUCGCCGCAACGAGAGAAAGCCCGUGCGCAGCAACGAAGACCCAACGCAGCCAAAAAUAAAUAAAUAAAUAAAUUUUUUAAAAAAA